AUGAAAAAUUAUAAUUCAUAUCACUAAUUUAGAUAAACAUCAGUUCCUUCAGAGGAUUCCUCAGUUAAAUCAUAAGUAACAAUUCAAUCAUAUUUAACUGUAUCACCUGUAGUAAUUAUUUAAAAAUAUUAUAAAUGAUUAGAAAUAACGAAACUAACUAAUUCGUUCGUCUUUUAAAGUUUACUUAGAAAUGAAGUAGGAAAUAAGCUAGAAUUAAUAAUGUAAAUUAUCUUUAAGAUUUGAACAAAUCCACUUAUUAAUGGCUACAUAGAAAUUGUUUCUACAUUUAUAAAAAAUGCAAGUUUUUUAUCAUAAGCAAAAAAAAUAAGAGGCAUUUUAAUAGAUUUUAAGAUUAGGUGCAAUAGAUUAUAGCAAUAAUAGUAGUAUAUUUAAGACUCCUUAGAGAAGUUAUUCUCCUGGAAUAGUGUCGAAAGAUAUAGGGUAAUAUUUUAUUAAAUGAUUUUAGAAUGGAAAAGAAUAUAUAAAAUUAAUAACUGAUAAAAAUAAUUUAAGAAUUGUAAUCUCAAAUUGCUGGUAAGGAACUUUGUAAGACAAUUUAUUUAAUUUAAAAUAAGAUUAUGAAAGAUAGUUUAUACUAAAUAAAAUAUCGAAUAAAAUUAUCAUAAAAGUUUGAGAAAAUUAAAAAUAUUUUAGAUGUUUCUUCAAAACGAUUUGUAUUAAAUGAAUUGAGAGAAAAGAAUAAUAAGAGCAAGAAGAUUGAAGCAGCAAGUUAUUUAUUAGCUUUUAAAUUGGAGAAAUUUAAGUUAAACAUUUAAUUUACUUUUUUUUAUUAACUAAAAUUAUCACAGAUGAAAUAAUAAUUAAUAAAAAAAUAAUAGAUCUAAAUAAAAUAAAAUGGAUAUAAAAUAGGAGAGAAAAAUGAAAACAUAAAAUUGUUAAAACUACAUUAGAUUAUUAUUAAAUUUUGUUACAGAUUUCCAUUUAAUUAAUUGAAAAAAUAAUAAUACUAAUAAAUAGAAUUAAAUUAAAGAAAUAGCGCUUCCUUUUAGAGAUUUUCAAUAGGACAAUUAUCAUAAACGAUNUAUAGAAGUUCAAGAUAUUUUCAAAUAAAAUAAUUUAGUAUUAUAAUUGACAUAAAAUUUAUUAUGAAAAAUUAUAAUUCAUAUCACUAAUUUAGAUAAACAUCAGUUCCUUCAGAGGAUUCCUCAGUUAAAUCAUAAGUAACAAUUCAAUCAUAUUUAACUGUAUCACCUGUAGUAAUUAUUUAAAAAUAUUAUAAAUGAUUAGAAAUAACGAAACUAACUAAUUCGUUCGUCUUUUAAAGUUUACUUAGAAAUGAAGUAGGAAAUAAGCUAGAAUUAAUAAUGUAAAUUAUCUUUAAGAUUUGAACAAAUCCACUUAUUAAUGGCUACAUAGAAAUUGUUUCUACAUUUAUAAAAAAUGCAAGUUUUUUAUCAUAAGCAAAAAAAAUAAGAGGCAUUUUAAUAGAUUUUAAGAUUAGGUGCAAUAGAUUAUAGCAAUAAUAGUAGUAUAUUUAAGACUCCUUAGAGAAGUUAUUCUCCUGGAAUAGUGUCGAAAGAUAUAGGGUAAUAUUUUAUUAAAUGAUUUUAGAAUGGAAAAGAAUAUAUAAAAUUAAUAACUGAUAAAAAUAAUUUAAGAAUUGUAAUCUCAAAUUGCUGGUAAGGAACUUUGUAAGACAAUUUAUUUAAUUUAAAAUAAGAUUAUGAAAGAUAGUUUAUACUAAAUAAAAUAUCGAAUAAAAUUAUCAUAAAAGUUUGAGAAAAUUAAAAAUAUUUUAGAUGUUUCUUCAAAACGAUUUGUAUUAAAUGAAUUGAGAGAAAAGAAUAAUAAGAGCAAGAAGAUUGAAGCAGCAAGUUAUUUAUUAGCUUUUAAAUUGGAGAAAUUUAAGUUAAACAUUUAAUUUACUUUUUUUUAUUAACUAAAAUUAUCACAGAUGAAAUAAUAAUUAAUAAAAAAAUAAUAGAUCUAAAUAAAAUAAAAUGGAUAUAAAAUAGGAGAGAAAAAUGAAAACAUAAAAUUGUUAAAACUACAUUAGAUUAUUAUUAAAUUUUGUUACAGAUUUCCAUUUAAUUAAUUGAAAAAAUAAUAAUACUAAUAAAUAGAAUUAAAUUAAAGAAAUAGCGCUUCCUUUUAGAGAUUUUCAAUAGGACAAUUAUCAUAAACGAUGUCCUAAUAAGUUUCAUAAGUUUUAGAAGCAUCACCAAAAAAUGAAGAAUAAAAAAUUGAAGAAUAAGAAGAAUAAUAACAAUCGAUUGUAGUGUAAAAACAAAAACCAGUUUAGAAGGUAAAUGGAAAAUUGGCAAAAUCAAUUAAAUUAUACAGUAAUAAGUGAUAAUAUUUUAAUUAGUUAACAAAUGUGAAGAGUAGAAACAGUAAGCAUAAUAGUAGAAAUUAGAAUAAAUUACAAGAUUGUCAAAAAAAAAUAUUAAGGAUGAAAUAGAGUUACAGAAAUAAAAACAAAAGUCUAAAGUUUAAAGUAAAUUAUUUUUAGUGGCAACAUUAAUACUUAUUUUAUUAUUUUUAUUUUGUGUUAUUUAAUGA